AUGCGAUAUCUAUUCAUUGCGUUUCUUAGCUUUUCGGCGGUGUUCGCCAAUGACGAACCGGAACAAUGCCCGUUAGGGUUCACGUAUUACCCAAAAGCGCCGCUGAAAUGCAUGGGCGUGUUCGAACAGGUCGUCACCGACAAUCGAUAUGCGGAGACGAUUUGCUGGAGAAAUGAGCAGUCGCAAUUGGCGAGAACUGAAAAUCUUGAAUCGCGAAAAGCGAUUGUCGAAUUAUUCAAUAGCAAGUGUCUUGAGCCGAUAUGCCGACGAGCUUGCGUUGUUGAUGAGCUUCUGCCUCCAAUAGCGGGAUUCGAACAAAUCCCCUAUUAUGUUGAGCGUCUGAAUCGUUUUCCGAAUGGAUUCGAGCCGGUUCGAAUGUCGUUGACGGAGCCCGUUCAACACGGCGACACUCUUCACAUUCUGAUGCGCGUCUAUCCAGGAUCAAUCGAACAAUUUGAACUCGCCGAUGGUCUGCUAAUUCGAAAACGCGACUCACUCAAGAUGACGAGAAUCCAGCAGCCGAUCCAUUUGAUAUUCUAUUAUAAAUAUCCCGAGGAGCCGAAAAAGGAGCCGCGCACAAAACUUAUCAUCAAACACGGAACUUUUGAAGCGUCGCUGGAAGACAAGAUUACGGUUCCAUGGAAGAAAUCAAUGAAUGGAUCACAGUUAUUCGAUAAUCUAAAUGUGAAUAUUGAAGGGAAACUCGAAAUGAGCAUCCAUUUGGGUGAGAAAGAGAUAACUGUGAAUAUUCCGAAUGUUCUUGAAAAAGAAUACAAGUAUAACUAUGAAUUCCGAGCCACACGAUUCUAUUUUAUUCGGCAUGUUCAACAAAAUGAAAUAAUGGACAUUUAUUUUACUCGAGGAAACUGCAAAAAAGCGGUAAAGGGCAUUGAGCCGGUGGUGAAUUGCAAUUGGAUGCCGGCGCCGGUUUCGAUUCCGGUUCUACGAUGCUCGUUCAAAAAAUUGGUGAUGUGUGCUCGUCGAUCGUCGGAAGAGAUUAAAGCCGACUCGGAUAAAUUCGCUUAUGAGAAAGAGGAAGGCAUGUGGGAUAUUAUUGAAGUCCACUCGCGCACACUUACCCCGAUAUUUCUCGGCGUCGCCACCGUCGUCAUGGUUUCCAACAUCGGCACCCUUGUCUUCUUUUUUUUCGUCAAAAGAUAA